UCAGCGAGGCCCUCGGCCCCCGCCCUGGCCCACUCUGUGUCCGUAGGGAACAUGUUGGCCGUGCACUUUGACGAACCCGGAGGACCAGAAAACCUCUACCUGAAGGAGGUGCCGAAGCCGAGCCCGGGGGAGGGCGAAGUCCUCCUAAAGGUGGCGGCCAGCGCCCUGAACCGGGCGGACUUAGUCCAGAGACAAGGCCAGUAUGCCCCGCCCCCAGGAGCCAGGACCAUUUUGGGACUCGAGGCAUCUGGACACGUGGCAGAGCUGGGGCCUGGCUGCCGGGGGCACUGGAAGAUUGGGGACCCAGCCAUGGCUCUGCUGCCCGGUGGGGGCCAGGCUCAGUAUGUCACCAUCCCCGAAGGGCUCCUCAUGCCUAUCCCAGAGGGACUGUCCCUGACCCAGGCUGCAGCCAUCCCGGGGGCCUGGCUCACUGCCUUCCAGCUGUUACAUCUCGUGGGUGAGGAGACCCCUGUGCUCACUCCAAACAGUGUGGCUCAACUCCAUGAAUCAGCCACCUCAAACACCAGCAGUCAGCUUCAGCCUGGCAACUUAGCCACACCCAGCCCCAGCACCCUACUGUACCCCCAGUAG